CGUCACGUGAAGUGCGAGACAUGUCUUCUGUCAGGUUCGAUUGUUCAACGUCUUUCUUUCUUCCACCACCACCACCAUCUUCGUAUUUCUAGCCUCACCGUCGCUCUUUACCAACACGUCUAUGCCUGGACUCAGUAAGAAGGUGCAGAAAUUCGAAGGGUGGCACUACGAUGCCUUUGCUGGAGUCGUUCAAAGACGGAAGGUACAAGGACGGGACCUUACGAAGACGUCAUCUACGCCUUUCCUGACUUUGGAUUCUAUCCCUUCGGCGCACGUCGGUGACGCACACUUAGCUUCACUGACACUACCGACAACUCCUAUUUCUGCCGCCGCGGAAGAAUUUUCUCAGCAUUUCUCAUCCUACGAUCUCUCGUUCACCAGCACCGAUUCAUCCAUCGACGACAGUAUAGACCUCUCCUCUUCUACUGCUUCUUCCUCGCCCAUGGUACUCACCGGCGUUGGCCUAGGGAUUCAGGGCUUGACGCGGAAGGAUGGUGGGGAUCCCUUUGAUGGUCUUGGCCUUGUCCAUAUUAGUCGCCCCCGUGGAGAUUCUACUUCUUCCAGCUCUGAUGGUGGCGUCUCCAGUACAAUCUUGCACGAGGCAGCAAUCACGUUCCUGCAACCCUGUAUACCUACUGGGUGCUUUGAGAUACCUGACAGAGUGGUGCUUGCGCUGCAAGAGUCGAUGAAAACGAACCCGGUAGACAUACCAUUGCCAAGGAAUCGUCCUCCUAGGAGCUAGACGCGUAAUUUGUCUGCGUCUACCGUCUCUAGCUCGCUGAAGCCAACCAAUAAAAUCUACGCUUUGCCGCCCAACGUAGACAGUGGUCGAAGCUGACGUUGAUAGGAUUGGAGGAACCGAAGUAGAAGCAUCUGUGAUAUCAAUGUACAAGCCUCCGCCCCG